AACAACCAACGCAAUGGACUAACACCUGUCACCAAUAUGUAGUCCGUCCGCCGCCUUGAAGGAGGAUGACGAGGUCCUUGAGACCUCCACCAGGUCUGCUGCCGCCGAGGCCACUGCCUCGACCUCUCCCACCGAUCGACGCUCAGUCUCCUGGGCUGUCGAGGUCGCUGGCGACUCUGUUGGAUCCCUCUCUGCCUCUCGCUCUGUUUCUUGGGCCAUGUCUGUCAGCGAUUCUGGCAACAGUGCUGAGAUUGACCCCCAGGACGUCUACCCGUCCACCGCAUGUGUCUUCGUCGCCAAUCUGGCUGAGCCCCGCGACGAUGUCGCUCUUGAGGCCGCUGUUACGCGUGCCUUCAGUCGCUUUGGCACUGUGUUUGUCAAGAUCCGCCGUGAUCAUAACAACUUGCCGUUUGCUUUCGCUCGCAAGAUCAUGGAGACUUUCGGAACGGUCAGCAGCAUUGAGGUUGUUGAUGACGACACUUGCGAGCGCAUGGAUUUGCCCUCUUCCGUUUUGGUAGAGUACUCCAGCUUCAACUCGAAGAAAACAUUCAGCAUGGCCGUUUCCCUAUUCCCUGACUACUACAUCGACAUGUUCGAUGUCCGCAAGCGUGCUGCCAAGAGCAACAUUGAUCGUGACACUGAAUUUCUCCGUCAGUACGAUCUCGAUCGCCGCUCCAUCUACGUUGGCGGCCUUCCUCUUGACGCCACCGAGGAGGAGAUGUUUGAGAUCUUUUCCGAUGUUGGCGAGGUCAUCAAGGUGAACAUGGUGCAGCGCCAUAACCAAGAAGGUGCUCUUGCUCGCCAGUUUUGCUUUGUCGAGUUCGACAAGAUGGAGACGCCGACUUAUGCCAUCAACAACCGUGAUGGCAUGGUCCUCCGUGGCCAGCAUUUGACUGUUCAGCGCAAGCAGUCAAAGGUAGCCAAGACCCGUCUUGCGACCCGCUACAUCGGCAAGAAUGAGCUAACUGAGGUCAACAAGACUCAGCCUCACCACGACGACCAAGUCGCGAUUCGUCGUGGUAAUUUCACGGGCCAGAUCUACAAUGGCCCCAACAGCACAGCCAAUGCUUUGGCCCGCUAUAACAACAACGGCCCUUCUGGAUACAACCAGGGCCACCAGGGCUACCAGGGCCACCAGGGCUACCAGGGCCUCCAGAUGCACAUCGACCACCACGAGCCCCAGCAUUACCAGCGCUACGCAGGCCCCGCCAUGCCCCCAAUGCCGUACAUCCCCGGCGAUGGCGCUGCGGUUGGCAUGAGCGGAAUGCCUGUCCACCCGGCGACUGUGUCGCCCAGCUUUGCCCAGAGCUUCCCGGUCCACCCCCCGGGACACACCCCUCCUGGCAUGAUGAGCGCUUGGCCGGUCAUCACCAACAACACCCCGACCCGCCAUCACCAGGCGUACAACCCCAACCCGGCCUUCGCGCUGACCCAGCGGCGCGCUCCCGACCGGAGCUGUGCCCAGCCUCGCCAAAACCACACUCGGUACUUUUACCAGCCGGCGGACGCCGACAUCGUGGAGGAGUAA